AUGAUUGAAUUAUUACUACGUCGUGAAAAUGGAACAGCUGCUCCAGUACCAGUCUUCAGAGCAUGGAAAUCAACUUUAUAUUCUAUUCGCAAAAUAAUAUUACCUCCAACACCACUAUCAAUAUCGUCAAUUUAUAUUCCUGAAGACAUACGUUACAACAAUACUAAAAAGGAAUCUUUAUUCUGUAAUUCACCAUCGCCAGACAAAGUUAUAGCAUUUGCAUUAGAAGAAGCAUUAAAAUUGUUAAGCACUAAUCCACAUUGGAAUGGUGAUGAUACAUUUCGAACAUCACCUGCAUUAUUUGCUCGAUCAUAUUAUAUUUAUGUCUGGGACGAGUAUAGUAUGAAACCAAUAAUUUAUUCUUGUUAUGAAAAUAAAUCUGAAAAAUGUUGUCAUGAAUUACUUGAAUCAUUAUUUGUUCAUGUAAAAAAACGAAAUAUUACAUUAAAUCCAUCAACUAUUUUUAUAGAUUUUGAACAAUGUAUGAUUAAUGCGAUUAAUGAUGUAUUUCCUCAAGCAUUAGUCAAAGGAUGCCAUUUUCAUUAUGCUCAGAACGAUUACAUGUCUUCGGAGAAUAUCCCCGGAAACUCGAUUAUGUCCUAG